GCCGCCCGCCGCGCGCGCCGGCAGAGGCGGCGGUGGGACCGCAGCGGAGAUGCCUCGCGGCGCCGCGCUGUGCCUGCGCCUGUGGCUCCGCCUGUGGCUCUGCCUCGGACUCCUGGACGGCGAGCGCGGCCUGGUGAGUGGCUACUCCAUGAGCCCCCCGACCCUGAACAUCACGGAGGAGACACACGUCAUUGACUCCAACGACAGCCUGUCCAUCUCCUGCAGGGGGCAGCACCCCCUCCAGUGGGCCUGGCCAGGGGCUCAGGAAGCGCCAGCCACGGGGGAAAAGGACAGUGAAGAUCUGGGGUUCGUUCGCGACUGCGAAGGCACGGAUGCCCGGCCCUACUGCAAGGCGCUGCUGCUGCCCGAGGCCCACGCCAACGACACGGGCAGCUAUGCCUGCUACUACAAGUACAUCAAGGCCCGCAUCGAGGGCACCACGGCCGCCAGCACCUACGUGUUCGUCAGAGACUCGGAGCAGCCCUUCAUCAACAAGCCAGGCACGCUCCUGGUCGACAGGAAGGACUCCGUGUGGGUGCCCUGCCUGGUGUCCAUCCCUGGCCUCAACGUCACCCUGCGCUCGCAGCCAAGCUCGGUGCUGCGGCCCGACGGGCAGGACGUGGUGUGGGAUGACCGCCGGGGCAUGCGUGUGCCCACGCCCCUGCUGCGCGACACCCUGUACCUGCAGUGCGAGACCGCCCGGGGCGGCCAGGCCUUCCUGUCCAACCCCUUCAUCGUGCACAUCACAGGCAACGAGCUCUAUGACAUCCAGCUGUUCCCCAAGAAGUCGAUGGAGCUGCUCGUUGGGGAAAAGCUGGUCCUGAACUGCACCGUGUGGGCUGAGUUCAACUCGGGCGUCACCUUUGACUGGGACUACCCAGGGAAGCAGGCCGAACGGGGGAAGUGGGUGCCGGAGCGGCGCUCCCAGCAGACGCACACGGAGCUCUCCAGCAUCCUGACCAUCCACAACGUCAGCCAGCACGACCUGGGCCCGUACACGUGCGAGGCCAACAACGGCGUCCAGCGGCUCCGGGAGAGCACCGAGGUCAUUGUGCACGAGAAACCCUUCAUCAGCGUUGAGUGGCUCAAGGGCCCGGUCCUGGAAGCCACAGCAGGAGACAAGCUGGUGAAGCUGCCCGUGAAGCUGGCUGCGUACCCCCCACCGGAGUUUCAAUGGUACAAGGACGGAAAGGCCGUGUUGGGGCGCCACAGUCCACACGCCCUGGUGCUCAAGGAGGUGACCGAGGCCAGCGCAGGCGAAUACAGCCUCGCCCUGUGGAACUCCAUGGCCGGCCUGAAGCGCAACAUCAGCCUGGAGCUGGUGGUGAACGUGCCUCCCAGCAUCCAUGAGAAGGAGGCCUCCUCCCCCAGCAUAUACUCGCGCCACAGUCGCCAGGCCCUCACCUGCACCGCCUACGGCGUGCCCCCUCCUCUCAGCGUCCAGUGGUACUGGCGGCCGUGGACCCCCUGCAAGACCUUUGCCCAGCGCAGCCUCAGCCGGCGGCAGCAGCGGGACCGCAUGCCACAGUGCCGGGACUGGAGGGAGGUGACCACGCAGGACGCUGUGAACCCCACCGAGAGCCUGGACACCUGGACGGAGUGUGUGGAGGGGAAGAAUAAGACGGUGAGCAAGCUGGUGAUCCAGGAUGCCAACGUGUCUGCCAUGUACAAAUGCAUGGUCUUCAACAAGGUGGGCCAGGACGAGCGGCUCAUCUACUUCUAUGUGACCACCAUCCCCGACGGCUUCAGCAUUGAGUCCGAGCCCUCGGAGGAGCCCCUGGAGGGCCAGGCCGUGCGCCUGAGCUGCCAGGCUGACAACUACACUUACGAGCACCUGCGCUGGUACCGCCUCAACCUGUCCACGCUGCACGAUGCCCACGGGAACCCCCUGCUGCUCGACUGCAAGAACGUGCACCUGUUCGCCACGCCGCUGGCCGCCACCUUGGAAGAGGCGGAGCCGGGGGCUCGCCACACCACGCUCAGCCUGACCAUCCCCCACGUGACACCCGAGCACGAGGGCGACUACGUGUGCGAGGUGCAGGACCGGCACAGCCACGACAAGCACUGUCACAAGAAGUACCUGUCCGUGCAAGCCCUGGAAGCCCCGCGGCUCACGCAGAACUUGACGGACCUCGUGGUGAACGUGAGCGACUCCCUGGAGAUGCGGUGCCCCGUGGCGGGCACGCACGUGCCCAGCAUCGUGUGGUACAAGGACGAGAGGCCGCUGGAGGAGAAGUCCGGGAUCGAUCUGGCCGACUCCAACCAGAAGCUGAGCAUCCAGCGCGUGCGCGAGGAGGACGCGGGCCGCUACCUGUGCAGCGUGUGCAACGCCAAGGGCUGCGUCAACUCCUCGGCCAGCGUGGCCGUGGAAGGCUCCGAGGACAGAGGCAGCAUGGAGAUCGUGAUCCUUGUGGGCACCGGGGUCAUAGCCGUCUUCUUCUGGGUCCUCCUCCUCCUCAUCUUCUGUAACAUGAGGAGGCCAGCCCACGCAGACAUCAAGACCGGCUACCUGUCCAUCAUCAUGGACCCCGGGGAGGUGCCCCUGGAGGAGCAGUGUGAAUACCUCUCCUAUGACGCCAGCCAGUGGGAGUUCCCCCGCGACCGGCUGCACCUCGGCAGAGUCCUGGGCCACGGCGCCUUCGGGAAGGUGGUGGAAGCCUCGGCCUUCGGGAUCCACAAGGGCAGCAGCUGUGACACGGUGGCCGUGAAAAUGCUGAAAGAGGGCGCCACCGCUAGCGAGCACCGCGCCCUGAUGUCGGAGCUCAAGAUCCUAAUCCACAUCGGUAACCACCUCAACGUGGUCAACCUCCUGGGGGCGUGCACCAAGCCUAAUGGCCCCCUCAUGGUGAUCGUGGAGUUCUGCAAGUACGGCAACCUCUCCAACUUCCUGCGCGCCAAGCGGGAGGCCUUCAGCCCCUACGCGGAGAAAUCCCCGGAGCAGCGAAGGCGCUUCCAGGCCAUGGUGGAGGGCGCCAGGGCCGACCGGAGGCGGAGGCCGGGCAGCAGCGACAGGGCCCUCCUCACGCGGCUCCUGAUGGGCAAGGGCGAGGCGGGGCGGGCCGCUCGCACCCAGGAAGCCGAGGACCUGUGGCUGAGCCCGCUGACCAUGGAGGACCUUGUCUGCUACAGCUUCCAGGUGGCCCGUGGGAUGGAGUUCCUGGCCUCCCGCAAGUGCAUCCACAGAGACCUGGCUGCGCGGAACAUCCUGCUGUCCGAGAGUGACGUGGUGAAGAUCUGCGACUUCGGCCUGGCCCGCGACAUCUACAAGGACCCCGACUACGUGCGCAAGGGCAGCGCCCGGCUGCCCCUGAAGUGGAUGGCGCCCGAGAGCAUCUUUGACAAGGUGUACACCACACAGAGCGAUGUGUGGUCCUUCGGGGUGCUGCUCUGGGAGAUCUUCUCCCUGGGGGCCUCCCCGUACCCUGGGGUGCAGAUCAACGAGGAAUUCUGCCAGCGGCUGAAAGAGGGCACCCGGAUGCGGGCCCCAGAGCUGGCCACGCCUGCCAUACGCCGCAUCAUGCUGAGCUGCUGGUCCGGGGACCCCAAAGAGAGGCCGGCCUUCCCAGAGCUGGUGGAGGUGCUGGGGGCCCUGCUCCAGGGCGGGGGCCGGCAGGAGGAGGAGGAGGAGGACUGCCUGGCGCCCUGCAGCCUGAGCUCGGAGGAGGGCAGCUUGCAGGCGUCCACCACAGCCCUGCACGUCGCUGAGGCCACCGAGGAGGGCAGCUGGCCGAGCCUGCGUCCGCACAGCCUGGCCGCCAGAUACUACAACUGUGUGCCCUUCCCGGGGAGCCUGGCCAAGGGGACCCAGGGGCCCUCCAGGAUGAAAACCUUCGAAGAAUUUCCCAUGACCCCAACGACCUACAAGGCCUCGGUGGACAACCAGACGGACAGCGGGAUGGUGCUGGCCUCCGAGGAGUUUGAGCAGCUGGAGAGCAGGCACCGGCAGGAAGGCGGGCUCAGCAGCAGCAAAGCUCCCGGCUGGAGCGCGGAGGUGGCGGGGGCCGGCCCGGAGCCCCGGGGCCGGGGCCUGCGGGGCGGCCAGGUGUUCUACAACAGCGAGUACGGGGAGCUGGCCGGGCCGCGCGGCGAGGACGACUGCGCCCCGCUGACCCGCGCGCCCGUCUUCGCCGACGGCAGCUACUGAGGGGGCUCCGCAGGCAGAGGGCUGGGGCUGCAGGCUGGGAACUCACCUCCUUUCAACCCCUCCCUAGCCAUGAAGAGCAACACCCAGGCCCCAGGGCUCCCCGAACUCCAUCACCACCCCUGCCCAGGGCGUCCCCGAGGGCCCUUCUCCCUUAGGUCAGACUCCACUUUCCUAACAGACCCACGGCCCGCCUGGGCCAGCCACGCCCAGGGGUGUCCUUUGGCUGGCCUCCUCCCACGAUGGUGGGGGGAGCGUGAUUCCGUUUUCUGGUGAGGAAUUUGAGGGCCUGACAGUCACGGGGAUGCAGGUGAAGCCAGGCGUGGGCUGCAGCCUCCCAGCCCCCUCGCACCCUGCCCCUGCCCAGGGGAGGCCUUUCCUCCCUGUCCCCCCGGGCUGAGGGAGGGUGCAGAGCCCCAUCCCAAAGCACAGAGAGGAACUGUGUGUGGCCGGGAGCUGAUUCUGAGGUCCUCUUCAUUAGAACUUCAGAAACUCAGCUGCUACGAAGAAUUUACUUUUCAAAACUGCAGUCUGAAGGGAGCAAGUUCUCUCUGAGUCUGGAGGAUCCUUGCCCCUGGUCCCCAGUGGGCGCCGCCACGGCAGACACAGCGCAGCCUCUUCUGGAGAAGGGCCGGCCCAGCCCACAUGGUCUCAGCAGCCCCAUUUGAGUAAACGGCUCUCCCCUCCCCUCUGGGACCCGAUCAGCCACAAGGCACCUGCCCGGCUGCGAUGGUCCUGCCGAGCGAAGCCCGGGAUUCCACAGGAAGGCUCCAGGCCGGCCCAGGGACCGCCCAGCGCUGCGCCAGGCCGCCAGGCCUCCAGGCAAUGGGGAUGCUCUGUGGCCUCGGCCCAUCUUCCACCGCCUGGUCUCUGCCUGACGUGGGCGCCCUGGCAGCUCAAGCCUGUCGUCACCGGGAGCGGCCAGGACCUCGGAGCCAAUCUGCUCAGACCCCCACCCCAGCUCACACUGCCCAGCCCUCCCCGCCCCCCUCAGAGGAGAAAGACCUCCUCCCAGUUAGCACCAGCGACCCCCCCCCCACCUACACACACACACACACACACACACACACACACACACACACGACGCUUGCAGGACAGGCGACCGUGCAGCGAGCAGGGGCUUGCCCACAGACACCCCCUCCCCACUGUGUACCGUUUCUUUAGGAUACCUACCCGUGUGACAUCGCUGUCCCCACCGGACCUGCUUCCUGGAUGCCACCUGACUGAGACCUGGGUCUCACGUGUACCUGGUGGAGGGCCCCGGGGCUGUAGCAGAGCCACCGGUGCUGGAGGUGCCGAGCCUGGGCCGGCAGCCCGGCCACCUCCCCUGCCACCGCCGCACAGAGAUGUCCUGGAGGAACACCUACCUGGGCGUGCCCGGGGCGCCACGAGCUCCGGGAAGACCUGAGCUAUUUAACAAAGACAGUAAUAAACGCGAUGCCAGUCUGAGUUGCAGUGAGG